CAUACAUAUUAUAUUAAAUUAAAAAUCUGAUAAAAUGGGCAUUCCAACCAUAAAGAAAUGUUGCUGCCUGGAGCUGAAGUGGGGUGCUCUUAUUGCCGUCGUGGUUGAUUUUUUCUUUGGAAGCAUUGUUUUCUUCGAUGCUGAUUCCGAAAGAAGGAGUAUAAAUAUCGCGUUGUACGUUCUCGUCCUGGUCUACAUUGCCCACAUAGUUUGCAUGAUUUUGGUUCUUGUUUCCCUUUGUGUGCCUAAGAAACAGCUCGUCGCUCCUUAUCUGAUAACCGCAAUAAUUUGCGUAAUUGUUGUUGUCUUAUUUUUCAUUAUCGUAUGCAUAGAAAUGGGCGAACUUAAUAUCUUGUCACUGGUUUUAAUCAUUAUUAAAAUAAUUCUUGCAGUCUUCUUGUGGAUCGUCGUCUUCUCGUGGUACAAGAAGCUUGCAGGCUCAGCGGACACAUAGAUCACUCAGACGACAGCAUUACCCAUAUGAAAAUGAUCCCAAGACUUUAAAA